CUCAACCCACAAUACAGAAGACAGAGAGAUAGAGAGAGGAGAGACUAAAGAGAUAAUGCACAUUCCUCCGGUUCUCUAUUUCCAUGUGAGCAGACUCCGGGCACUUUAUACAUACACAGCAAAAACACACAUAGGAACUAUGAAACAUGGUUUCCAAAAUGGGAAUAAGAAGGAUCUCCACACAAGGCUAUGAGUUCAUCAGACCUUUCUCCAUCAUUCAAAUUCUGUAAUUACACACCUGCUGCCACUACGACCACCACCUGCCUUCUCCAGAUGUUCCAGGAAAGAUGGGUAGUGUCAGCAGUUUGAUAUCAAGCCAUAGCCUCCACAGCAAACACUGCAAAGCCUCUGAACACAAACUCAAAAAGGGGCUUCAUUCUAAGAAACCAGACCGUAGCUUGGAUGGCCUUCUGAAGUAUGGCUUCUCUCAGGACCAAUGCAGCACCAACAACAACUCAAAAGUCAGCUAUCAUUCAGACAAAAAUGAUGACUUCUUUUACAUCAAAGUCAACAACAAGCCCAGAGCCGGUCACCAUAACAUUAAUACAUCUGAGGACAGUCAAGGAAGAACUGCUGAGAUGGACAAUGAGAUGUACAGGAGAGGAGGCCCACCAGAAUUAGUUCCGCUUUCUGGAAAACUAGAAAAGAGUGUAGAGAAGGCUGUGAUCCGACCCACCGCCUUCAAACCUGUUCUUCCCCACAGCAGCAGUUCCUCUGUGGAGACUCAUAAUAAUCUGAGCACAAUCCUGGGCAAGAGUAUUAGUCCUAUAGACAAACUCAAAGAUCUUCAAGAUCCUAAGCUGGAAACAAACUCUGGAAACUUCUCUGACUCGGGAAGGAACUCUAUGUCCAGUUUGCCCACGCACAGCAUCAGUGGCAGCAGCCAGAUGGACAACCUAAGCACUUCAACUAGCCACAUGGUGCGCCAUGGAGGCCUGGCCCUAAAUGUAGACACAUCUCAGAACCCACAAGGGGGUGUAGCAGGGAUGAAUGGAAACUCUGGAUCCAGUUGGAUGUGUAGUGAGCCUAAUGUGGUCAGUGAAAACAACUGGGCCAUUGGGAUUAGUGAAACAAACAGGAGUAGUGAGUCCACUAACACAAACACAAGAUCCAUUGGUGUACUAAGUGAAAGUCUGGCGGCUGCAAUAAGUCUGAACAGAGAAAUAACUGCUGCAGCACUGACUGUCUCAACCACUGAGCCAAAGAGUGACUUCUCUGGAAACCAAGAGCUGCUUUUGGAACAUAAAUAUACAGAGCAAAUCCAAUCAAAACCAUCAUCUUCAGGCGUCUGUGUCCGAUCACCAAUUUCAAUGGAUGAAUCACUAAUACAGCAGCUCGAGCGGAAACUUCUGGAACAUGAAACUGAGCUGGCGGAGUUACAGACGAGUCUUGAGGAGAAAGAGUCAGACACAUGUCAGCUGUUUGAGGAGAAGCAACGUUAUUGUGCUGAGGAGAUGGAGGGGUUGAAACAACGCUGUUCUAUGAAAUUCCGUCAAGUGUCACAGAGGGCUUUGAAAGCCCAACAGUUAUUGCAAGUUCAGGUGAUACAGCUGCAGCAGGAUAAGGAACGUCUGCAGAAAGAGGUGGAUAAGCUUAAUCGUGACAGGGACAGUGCAGAAAGCCAGCUCCGGACCUAUAAGAGCCAGAAAAACCAUCUAGUACCCACACUAGAGGAGACGCAGUGGGAGGUGUGCCAGAAAUCAGGUGAGAUUUCACUGCUAAAGCAGCAGCUUAGGGACUCCCAAGCCGAUGCUGGGAACAAACUGAGUGAGAUUGUCAGUCUCAAAGCCUCGCUCAAAGAGUCCAGAAACAAGAUGGAAGAGCUGGAGCAGAAGAACAAGGAGCAUGAGGAAGCUCUUCGCCAGCGAAGCACUGAGGUUGAGGUUUGCAAGAAUGAGUUCCAAAGAAAGAAGAAUGAAGCUGAACUCCUCAGGGAGAAGGUGAGCGUGCUGGAAAAGGACAUCAAGGGAAUGAAGCAGGACCUAGCAAUGGCUAAAGAGGGGCAACAGCAGCUAAUGACCAUGAGAGCCAAGGCUGAGGAGCAACAAGCCAGGAUGGAGGCCCUUAGAGUUGGUGAAGCAAAAAUUAAAGGCCAGGAGGGAACUGGGGCCAGUAAAACCCUCAAUGGAUGGACCACAGACAUAGAUACCCUACAGAAGGAGGUACAAAGGCUGAGAGGGGAACUGAAGGAAGAGAAACAAAAGAAACAUAAGAUGAUGAACAGCUUCCAGCAGGAGAGACAAACAUGGAAUAAAGAGAAGGAUAAAGUUAUCAGAUACCAAAAGCAGUUGCAAUACAAUUAUCUGCAGAUGUACAGAAAGAACAAAGACUUGGAGAAAAUUCUGAGGGAGCUAACAGCUGAGAUGGACAGCAGGACAGAGAUGGACAUGGACAGUCAGAGCUCUGACUUGAACAUUGAUAAAAUUGUAGCCACAGAGAUAUAGAGGAGGCAUAUUUUCACCAAAUGUGACAAAGGGGAAAUGACUUCACUGAAAUACAAUGUCAGACCUUUGAUCUCAUUGGCAAGGAACUCACUAAACAAAAGGGCACAAUCCACAAAACAAAAAUGAAAGGGAUGUCACAGAAUACUGUAAACUUAAGAACAUAACAUUUGUACAGAUCAACUGAAGUUUUUCCUCUUUUCAGAGUGAUCACUUUAUUGAAAAUCUUAGGAUGUCAGCCAUGUGUAUUUCCUGGCAAGUUCUUAUUAUUAAUCUUACAUAUCCAACCAAAGGCUUUUCCUCUGACUUAUCUAAACAAUCUUCCACUUCUUUCCUUAAGCAGUUGUAUAGUCUCACUAGAGCAACACAGAGUUGUGAAUGUUUCAUUUACUGUAUUUGCUAUUUUUGCACUCUCUCUCUCUCUCUCUCCUUACCAAGAACCCUUAUCACCAAUGUCUUGGCAGCUAGGCUUAUAGAAAGAAUCAGGAAACAGCUAUAUACAGUUGCUUAUAUGGUGACAUGUUGUCACAUGGUGGUUGCAAAGCAGAAGCGCUGAUCAUAAAUGUUUAGAUGCAUCCCACACAGCAUACCUCACUAUGCUUAGUCUAGCCAUUACGUAUUUCAACAUUUAUGAUGAAUUUCAAGUAUUUCAUACUCACUGUUCAAUUGAGCACUUGUGCAACCGGUACUAUACUUUCUACUUUUUUUUAGGUAUGGUCAAAACAGUAAAACAACAGUCCAGUCUGUUGUAGUCAUGAUUAGCAAAUUUCUGUGGAUAUAUCCACUUUCAUGGCAAAAUGUCAUGAAAGAUUAUAAGACUUGCAGUUCACAGAUAAUUUUAUACUCUGUUGUAGCUUUCAAAUUGUGGUUGUUUUAUUUUUUGUUUUUUCCAAACUUGCCGCGCCAUAAUCAUUCACGUGACACACAAGAACCAAUGGCGUUUUGCAUCAAUGACGUCAAGCCUGGCAUGAUGCAUUUAAAGACUCCAUUUUUAAAUACAAGAGUGAAUGAGAUUUUAGAGGUCCAGAGUAGGGGAACAAUGUAAAUGAAAAAUGGCUUAAAUUAGGUAUGUUCCUCACACAAAGCUAUCAGCUUCAAAAAACUUGGACUAUAGCGCACAAGUGUAUGGACCUGUGGUGUAGUUGGGGCCAUACGCACAUAUACACUGUAUACUAACUGUACUAUUUACCAGGAUUGUUUGCAUAUAAUGACUUCUAAGCAUCAGUAUUUUUGUAUACCUUCUGUAUACCAAGUUGUUUUGCUGCUUCAGAAGUCCAUAAUCUACUGUAGUGUUAGCUUCCCUUUAACUGUCUCCCAUGCUGUUUUGUGAAACUGGCGAUUCUUUGCUGUAACUAGUGCAUUAUCACUUCAAUUCUACCAUUCCCUGCCCCUGACAACUGCUGUCACCACCGUCAUCGACUGAGGGAAUUCAUGGCAGUGAGUGGAGAGAGAGAGACACUCACGCUGAAGAAGUAUCAGGUAAAAUUAAUAAAAAGAUCCAGUAAACGCCAGUAAAUUUCAUGACAUGGCAUUACAUUUAAUUGCAUAUGUCAGUGCUUGUUCUGGAAAAGAGAGAGACUCAGCUAAAUGAUGGCGAGAAAACUGCAGCACUUUUAAUACAGAAGAACAGGUUUAGUUAAAAUGCUUAACAUGAUUUUCCUACAUUUCCCUUGUGAUAAACACUAUUUACUGCAAAAAAAAAAACACCCUUAUCCAAUAAGAAAUACACUGUUUUCAUGUUAAGCCUUUUAUCUCUCUUUCUCUAUUCUUCCUGUUCAUUGUAUUAAAGGCUUUUUUCUUUUAAUGGGGCUUUUCCGCUGCAUGGUACGGCUUGACUCGACUCUGCUCGCUUUUUGAGGGUUUUCCACUGUGGAUAGUACCUGGUACCUGGUAUUUUUUUAGUACCACCUCGGUCGAGGUUCCAAGCAAGCCGAGCCAAUACUAAAUGUGAGGUCAAAACUCUGCAGAUCACUGAUUGGUCAGAGAGAAUCGUCACUACCAGCGUCACUGCAUUUGCGACACGGGAAAUCAACCCGCUAGUUUUAAAGUUAGCAACAGCAAUAGCAGUAUCAUUUGUUCACGCAACUUUUGAAUAGUAAAAAGAAAUGGCUGUGCGCAAAACCACGCCGUGGUCAAUAAAUGAGGUGCAGACGUUCCUCUCGUUAGUAGCCGAUGAAAGGAUCCAAUUGAGCUGGAUGGGGCGACGCAAAGAGGCGGUGCAACUAUGACGAUCAGCCUAUAAUCCCACCCACGUUGAGGCUGCACUAAACUGCAGUGGAAAAGCAAGCUCAGAAAAGUAAAGUGAGCAGAGUCAAGUCGAGUCAAACCGUAAUGUGCAGUGGAAAAGUGCCUAAGUGUAGUCGGGGCCGUUGACACUGAACGUGUUUUUGCAUCCAUCCACGCGGUUUUGCAAUGUAAACAAGCAAUAGAUGGACCUCUUUAACAGUUGUGCAGUGUCUUGCACAGAAGCACCUGUACAUACUGUAUGUACAGAGAUGCAGUACCGCCACUCCAUAUACGCAGUCUGCAUAAGGCACCAACCCCCCAAAAGUCCACUGGCUGUCCUUCCUCGGUCGUUUUAUGUUUUUAAAGUGCAGAUAGCUGUAAAGGAAAACUCUCCCCAUCAGACGAUCGCUUCCCACAAUGUCUCAUAAAUUCCAAACCUCCGUGUGUUGUUGCUCUGAUAAGCUGAACAAUGCAGAGGAAUGUAGCUUGAAAUGGCAAGCAGAAGAGACAAAAAUUAGGUGGAAAGCACUGAGGCUGUUACACAAAUUAAGUGCCCAGUGUUUCAUCAUGCAAUAUUUUCCAGACAGCUACCUUUUAUAUUUUCAUCCUAUGAGCUUCCAGAAGUCUUGAUUUGGUUAGAACAAAAACUGUAAAAACCAGUUACACAGAAACCGAUAAUCAUGUUUUGAUGGUGAAGGGUGGUUGUGGGGCAUAUGGCAGUCUUCAGAUGCAUUUGAAUGCAUGCAUGUGCUGUAUAUUUUAUUUAUUUUGAAUAAAUAAAUUAAGAUUUUUCUGAAUAUUUUAUUUUCAUUUGUGUUUAAAUAUUAAUUGAUGUAUUUGGAAGAGGAUAGGCCCAGCAUUUAUCUCUAGUGCUGUGACCAGUGAAAUAGUUAAUAAUGGUGUAUUCCAGACAACUCGGAACUCAGAAUCCCCCAUCUCCCAAUUAAAGAUAACCACUGGAACAGCACUUUAAAGGCCCCGAUGUACUUCCGGAGAAGUUCAUCUUCGUUCUUUGUUCAGGGGUAAAAGGAAAUUCUAAACAGCCGAGCAACGGUAUACUGUUUCGGAACAUUCAGACACCCGUCACACUGCUUUGGGAGGCAUUUAGAGGAGCAUUUAAAUAUAGGACGCUACAUAGGACGCUACAUGUAAAACCUAAACUAAUGUG